AUGGAUUGUGAUUUGGAUUUUAAUAAAAAAUUAAUGGCUAUUAAAGUCGAGCAUGAUGAUGUCUGCUAUUCAGAAGACGCUAAUGAUGUGAAACCGAGAUUAAAAUUUAAUAAUUAUGCUAAGUGUGGAAAUAAGUGCUUUGAUGUCGUUGACAAGUGGGUUAAUAAGGCUAUUGUCAAAGUUCCAACAGGUGAUAAUUGGCACAAUAUCAUUCAAAGGGAAAUUGCGCUGUUGAAAGUGAGAUACCCUUUCUUGACGGAGAAACAACUCAAAGGAAAAGCUCUGUCAUCUUCUCCAUCAAAAAUAGAAGAUUACCUUAAUUCAACAACUUGCGACAAAAAACUUUCCGAAAUGACAACAGUACCUUCGACUCCCAAGAAAGUUUACCGACUAUACGGCUUGCGCAACCCUUAUUACUCCGACACCAAGGAGAAUUCUUGUCCAUCAACUCCCAAGAAGCGUAAGAUUUUCGACCCUGAAACUUACACAUGGACAGAAAUCAACGACAAUGAGCAAACGCCUAUUAAAAAGCGUAAAUUAAACCGAGGAAAAUCAAGUAGCAAAAAAAUUAAGUAUCCUUUUUCUGGAAUAGGAGAAAGCGAUGAUGACAUUCCUCCUGAAUCUCCUCUGAGGUCACAAUCUUCAAUAAGAAGAGAAUUGGUAGAGAAGCUUAACAAGUAUCCUUUUGCUAAAUUAGGUGAAUGUAAUGAAGACAAUGCUUCUCCUGCUAAAUCUUCUCCAAAAUCGGGAAGUGGGUGGUCAGAAUCUUCAAUAAGAAGAGAAUUGGUAGAAAAAUUGAAUAAAUAUCGUUUUGCUAAAUUAGGUGAAUGUGAUGAAAAGCAUGAGAGUGAAUUUGAAGAAAUUUUCGAAGAAAAAUCAAGUCAAAAAAUUAUUCCAAGUUUAGAAGCUCCAAAAAAUGAUGAUAAUAUUUUUUCUCCAGCUUUGACGGAAUAUAUUCCGACUCAAGGAUCUUCUCAAAGCCAAGGAAACUUAACGUAUGAUUUAAUCACUCCUUCGCCUAAUAUAGAAGAAUAUUUACCGACUCCAAUUAAUUCUCAAAGUCAAAUAAAUUCAAUAAUUGAUAUUAAUAUAGAAAUUUCUCCACUAUCCCAGUCAAUAGCUUCGCAAGAUUAUUUUUAUCCAGCUGGUCAAAAAUAUCGCGAGCCUGUUUCACUGUCUGAGUUUAAUUCAGUACGUAGAUCUUUUGAGAAGCUUAGCUUCAAUGAAAGCGACUCGGAGAUUCCUUCUGGAGGAUUUAGUCAAUUUUCUAGCAUUGAUUCAAAGGAUUCUUUUCCUACUCCAAAUUUGAACCGAUUUUUCACUAGUCUUGAUCAUGAUUACGCUAAGAGUAAUGAUACUCAGAUACUUACUCCUUUUGUAGACUCACCAAUAAAUUCUCAGGCUGGUCCUGAAGAGCAGUCGGGUUUUAUUAAAAAUGAUCCUUUGGAUUUAAGCGAUAAAUUUGAGGUAGAAAUUUUUACUCCUCCGUCGCAAAGUUCGCAAUUUAGUUUGCUGCCAACGCCAAUUUUUCCAAAAGUUUCUGGAGAAAAUGAAUUUAGCGACAGUUCUGAGUCAUCUCCGGUAAAAUUACUUUCUAAUUGCUGCGACGAGCUUAGUGAAGGCUGGAAGAAAGUUCCUCCGAGUUUUAUUGUUCCUGCAAGCACUGAUAUUAGCGAAAAAUUGAAGAGUGUGUCUAUGAAGGAGAUUAAAGAACAGGUUCGGGGAGUUAUUAACUUCCUUGACGGUGCUUAA